AUGCAGUGCACGCGCAGCGCGGCCGAAGCGCCCGCGAAAGUGGCAUCCCCUCCACCAUCAACCACCAAGGAGCAGUUCAUCGACCAUGUGUUUUCGAGCUUCACAGCGGCUCUUGGCCCUGAAACGCUUUAUGAACAAUCAUUGGAACUCACCCAGUCCUUGAGGAGUAAGCUGCAUCUCCCAGAUUCACUGGCCAUGCUGCCUUCUUUUGUGGACCACCUUCCGACUGGCAAAGAGCAAGGAGACAUCUUGGCCAUUGAUAUUGGAGGGUCCACCAUGCGCGCUGCCAUUGUGUCCCUGGACCCGUCCGCCGUCAUUCCAAUAAACCGACUCAGAGUUCGAAAGCAGCAGGCUUGGCCCAUCACAGUCCAUGUCAAAUCGCUCUCGGGCACGGAAUUCUUCAGGUGGAUCGCGGGCAACAUCCAGGGCUUUCAGUCUCAGUGGACGCGGACUGAUCUGGGCUUCGAGCUCGGCGCCCUCCCUGCCGGCCUCGUGUGGUCUUUUCCACAAGAUCAAUUCGAGCUUAGCGAUGGACAUCUACGGGAGAUGGGGAAGGGAUUCAUCGUUGGCCGCGAGUUGCAGGGGCAGUCAAUCAAGAAGUGCUUGUACAGGGCAUUUGCGGAAAAGGGCCUCGAGAUCCGAUUAGAAGCCAUCCUGAAUGACAGCGUGAGCGCCCUUCUCGCUCUGUCCUACAUCGACCCCUCCACCGAAUUAAGCAUCAUAGCAGGGACCGGGUUCAACGGCGGAUUGCGCCUACCGGCCACUGCCUUUAGCUCCUCAAAGCUGAAACACCGGCCAAACCUUCGAGACGAAACGACGCAAAAGGAGACGGAAAUACUCGUUGACGCCGAGCUCUCUGUUGUCGGGCAAGGGAUUCUCCCUCGGGCACAAACGAUAUGGGAUUCUCGGGUCGCCGCGUUGUUGCCAUUUCAGCCGGACCUACUCGGGUUAGAGCUUCAUGUCGGAGGGUUGUUUCUCGGUGAGCUCGUUCGCCAGGUCGUUGUCGACGCGAUCAACACUGUGGGCCUCUUUGGUGGGUAUUUGCCUGAGCUGGUUCAAGCACCCAUGAGCUGGGAACUGCGGCAUGGUGCGAUCCUGGAAAGUUCCAGCCCGGAGCUGGCAGCAGCGGACGUCGACCUGGGACAGUGCAUCGCAGAAUCCUUCGGCCUUCCAUUCAAGCCGUCUAUAGAGGACACCUACCUCGUGCGGCAAAUCUGUCGCGCAGUCACAACGAGAGCUGCUGCAUAUGUCGCGGUUGCAGCCUACUCGCUGAGAAGUCUUCAGGUUCUAUCUCGAAAUACAAACAAUGAGGUGGACGUGUCAAAGGUCUCUUGCCUGGGCUCUGUUAUUGAAAAGUACCCAGGUUUUAUGACCAAGUGCCAGGAGUAUCUUGAUCAACUUCAGCGGGUUUCCGGGAUGUCUGGGCCGCAAUUCGGUCCUCUCCAACUUCAAGCAUGUCCCGAUUCGAGUCUGACUGGUGUAGCUGUCGCUGCCUUGUUGGGAAAGACGCAGGGAGCCGAUACAGCGAGCACUAGAAUGUCGUCUCCACCACCGGGAAAUUUUUCGGGAGGAAAGACCAUGCAGCAAUCAUGUGUUGUUGUUGGCAAGACGACCGAAAAUUCAAUGGAGUCGACGAGCCAAGGAAGCGGCAUCGAUGAAGAUCCACCCAGAGAACGACUGGGCAUCUGGGAUUGGUUUCGAAGAUUCAUGGGUUGUCGCGGGCCGGAAUAG